AUGUUGUUGUGGUCAUCUCAAAUUGAGGGAAAGCCAUGUGACAGUUCAGGCAUCGAAGUUUUGAUUGGUUGUCUAAAAUCUAUUGGCAAGGAGUUCACCCCUCCUCCGACACCAGCCGAAGGUUGUUGCUUUGGUCUCCGAUACAUUGGGAUGAAAUGUGUCUGCGAAGUCAUCACAAAGGAAACCGAAGCCACCAUUGAUAUGCAAAAGCUCGUUAAUCUGGCCGCUUAUUGUGGACGCCCUCUUGCUCCUCAUACGCAAUGUGGAAGUUACCUAGUUCCCGGUGGCACUAUGAUAAAUUAG